UCCAACGAAAUGUCAAAAUUAUUAAACCAAGGGGAUAUUAUCCAACCGCUUGUAGGACCGAACUGCUCUGAUUAUGUUGUGGCCCAUGCAACCGUGAAAGUGACGCCGUUUCGCACAUUCGCAGAAGUUUCACUUAUGCCGGAAAUUUUGGAAAGGAUGCGAAAACUAGGCUUGAACCGUCUGCAGCGGCUGCAGAGCUAUGCCUGGCCGCAUCUUCUCAAUGGGCCAGGUCACGGCGUCCUCAUCGUAGGUGCCCCACGCAGCGGCCGCACGAUGGGAUAUGUGCCGCCCGUUUGCCACGUUGUCAACACGAUCCUGGCCGCGAAUCGGCGCGGGAGAGAAGUGGCGGUUGAUUUUCUGGAUAUAUCGCAGGGAAUGGGACCCAUUGCCCUGAUUCUAGUGCCAGACUUAAACCGACUGGCGCAGGUGGCCGCCUUAUGCAGUGCGCUAAUGCCAAAGAAAGAGACCGUGGAUGAAGUGGGGAUCAUUGUGACGAGAGUGUUGACCGUUCCCAUGGAGUGCACUCCCGACUUCAUGGGUGCGUGGCUCAACGAAAUAGGCGUGUUGGUGGCCACCCCCGCCCGAUUUGCCAACGCGCGCAAGCAAGGAGCGGGCCUGCUAAAGCUUAAUCAGCUACAGCUAGUGGUCUUCGAUGAUGUGGACUUAAUGCAGAAAGAGGAACUGGAGUUGGCCAAGCAGUACAUUCCAAGCAUGACCAAUAGCAAUGGCACCCAUCAUCAUCCCCGUCCGCAGGUGGUGAUGGUUUCCCAACAUUACACUCCAGCCCUGUUGGCCCAGGUGCGCCGGUUCAAUCAACAUCCCUGCCUGAUCUUUGGCGAUAUUCUGGAAGCUGCUCUUUAUGGCGGGAUGCGAUUGUUAGUCAAUAUGGUCGCGGCGGUGGACAAGGUCACUGCGGUGGUGAAACUGCUUCGUCAGCGACCGCCGGCGGAAUAUCGCACCAUCAUCUUCUGCGCUGGUGAUAAGGAGAUGGCCCUCCUGGUCGGAUCCUUAGAGUAUUUCGAGUACGACUGUCUGGCCUACUACCAGACCGUGGAUCUGCCGUAUCUCGAUAAGGUAAGCAGCUGGACGUGUGACACCCGUGGCUUGAUCUUUGUCUGCACCGACUACUGUCCCGAGCUGAGAAUACGUAAUGCGCACACCAUAAUCCACUUCAACAUGAGUAGCUCAUGGGGCAAAUUCAAGAAUCGCUACUUGUUCAUGUCCGACAACGUGCCCAAUGUACUGACGCAUCCCAAGGCAUCGUACCCACCAGCAACCGCAACCGAUGGAAGGAUCCUGGAUUCGCUUGUCCUCUUGGAUGAAGGGAACGCCAGAGAGCUGCCCAAACUAGUCGAUUUUAUGCAGCUCCGCCAGAAGGUGGACCCCAAUAUUGUGGCGAUGGCUGUUCGCAUCCGCAAGGAGAUGAACGCAAUGAAAAACAUUGUGAAGCCGAUUUGCAGAGAGAUCUUGGGUCACGGUGAUUGCUGGGAUACUAUGUGCCGUGAUCGUCAUUAUCUACACGAAGCAGAUCGCCGUUCAUCUGCGGUACCCUGUUCGGGGGACAUCAAGGUCCACGUGCUGCGCGUCUACUCCCCCGGACACUACUGUGUGAUCGUCUACGAGCACAUUCCCCCGGGGGGUAAAUGGCGCGACUUACACCCCGCCAGGAAUUUUCCGGUCCUGAUGAACUUGAGGCUCACCGAGGAGAGGGUGGAGCCACCACCACGCUACUGGCCACCGCUACACCAAGCCGUGUGUCUGUGGAAGACUUCGAAAGGGUCUGGCUAUACCUAUGAGCGUGUCCGGGUGCUCAGCGUGCCGCUCAUUGAGAAUGUGAAUCUGGUCCAGUCGAACCUCAUGGUGCUGGUCCAGGCUAUGGACUAUAGCACUCGCCGUUUCGAGACCAACUGCAUGUCGCUCCAUGUCUGCCCCGAUGAGUACGUUAGUGCGCCGCCAUUGUGCAUGGACCUGCGCCUCCUGGGAAUGGUUAACCACAUGGGUGAGCGCCAUUGGGCUGACAGAGAUGCUCAGACGGUUCAAGACUGGCUGAACACGGCGCCCGUUGACCACUUCGUCCAGGCCAAAGUGGCAUUUUCCACUUCGCACACGAUCUUCGCCACAUGCAUGGUUUCCAGGAUCUACCUUAAGACGCUGAAGGUUUUUAAUCUCCACUUGAACCUGCAAAGAGCACAGGUCGAGGCAAAGAUGAGCAAGCGAUGUGAUCGGACCAAAGAGAAGAUUUUGAAAUUCUUCGAGGAGCACAUCAAGCUGGACGCCCCGCCGAUCCCACAAGAUCCACCUGAACUGGAAAAGGAACCGAACUCAUGUGAAGGAGCACGUGUGGUGGCAAAUGGGAACAAAGAGCACAUCGGCGAGGACAUGGACAAGAGCCCACCCUCAAAGCAGGACACUUCCAAGAUGUCGGAUAUAGUGGACCAUGAGCUUAAGACGGGCCGGGAGAACCGUGUACGCCAGGAGCGUAGCCAGGAAGAAACAGAUUCCGAGGAAGAAACCGAUUCCGAGUUGGAACCUAAGCAGAGCCCUGUCAUGCCUGUUGGCCAGGACCAGCCUGGAGAAUCCGAAGCUUCGGAUAUUAAGAAGGUACCAAUAGCCGAUUUCUAUGACUACUUAAGAAGAUGCGCCGCGCUAGACCGACUCGAGGAAAUGGAAGCAGUCACGAGCAAGGCGGCGCCGUGCGUUAUCGCUGCCGAGCCCAAGGAGGAGAAGCCGAAACAAGAAAAAAACCAAAAAUUUAAGUUAGAGACACUUUCUGCCAGGGCUGGCGUUACAGCCAGUAAUGCUGCUCGUCUUUUGCGGCGCGCAACGCGUCCCGAUGUUAAAUACUACCAGACCCUCGGCGCCCUCCAUCUACAGGUGGUCCUGGUAGAUGAGAAAAUGUCCUACCGGACACGACUGCUAGAAAGCACUGGUGUUUUCUUCCAGGCCACUCCUAUAGGCGAAUCCGGAUCAGGAAGCUGCGAGUUCUUUGUAAACACAGGCAUGAUAUUCAAGGGCGUACAACAUGCCCUGAAAGGGCGCACUGUUUACAUUGAGCUUCAAAAGAUGAACCCAGGCUACUACCCCACCCCAUUUGUCCUCUCAAAGUUCUUUCAACUGAACUACGACAAGAUGAAUGUCGAGGAGAAAUGGCAUCAGCGACAGCGAACCAACCUCGGACAGUUGAUGCGUGAUCAUGGAUGGGGGAUGGUUCAAAAAAGCAGAGCUAAAGAGGAAAGCAGCGAGCCAACCGAGUCCGAGUCAGAAUCCGAGGAUGGGGUGGAGCGACCGGAAGACUACAGAAAGAUCGACAUGAAUUAGUAUUUAAGAAACCUUUUUUUCGUAAUAUUUGUAUGGUGUUCUCUAUAAUUCGAGAACUAAUUAACUAUUCAUCGUAGAGAUCGUAUGAAAGAGAUUGGGAUUCCCAAUCAGACUAUAUGGA